CUGAACGUAACUAUUAACAGAGAAAGGUGUUUUCAGGCAGUUAACGUUAGCGCGUUGUAGAGAAUAGUAAGAAAAAUAAUUUCUUUAAUUAGCGCGAUAUUUCUUGAGAUGAUUCGGUGACUAACUUGCGUUGAUUUCUACAGAGAAGUUUGGAAAUGGCUCAGUUAUCAGCGAGGGGAGGUUUCCUGGAUUUUAGUCCCAUCAAGAAAGAAGAUUCAUCUGCUGUUUCUUAUGGCAAUAAAGAAAACAAUAGUUCCCAUCCAGUUUUGAGUUUAAUUCAGUUUUCAAGGGCUCCGUUUGUAACAUUUGGAAAUGUAAAGUUGGGAUCUUCCAAAUCAUCAGUUCUUUGCAUUGAGAAUCCUGUUGAAGAUGCAAACAUAGAGGUGGCAAUUGAUAAGAUUGCAUCGACGAAAGGCUUUUCCGUGGAUCAAACCCGAUUUACAAUUCAGCCUGAGGAACAUGUCAAUUUGACAAUAACUUGGACACCGAUAGAGGAAGGUGGUAUUCGAGAGCUGAUCACUUUCAUUGCCAAUGGGGUGGUCAAACACCAAGCCAUUUUGCUCGGUAGAGCAGACGCACCUAAAAAGAGAAAGAAGAGUCUGUGGGACUCAAUCAAAAGCAAGAAGGCAUUUGAUCUAUCAGACCCACCAAGGGGGAAGAAACACUCUGUGUCUUCCCUGAAGAUGGCAGCCAACAAGACCUUCCAUGUGUCCCGGACACCACAGUACAGACGGGAGAAGGUUCGCAGCCCGCUUGCCUCACUUAACAAAAAAGCCUGCACACCUGUCGAAGGGCAGACAUUUAAGCAGGAUGUGUUGGGACAGUUGAGUUUUGACAAUGUCCAAAAUAACUCGCCAGUUGUCUUUCUAGUCCCCGCUGCAAAGCUCAUCGAUUCCUCUGAUGCAGCAGCCAGCUACAGUUGCCCAGUAGGCACACCUGAGUGCAGAGACCUCACCAGACUACUGAACACGACUGUGUCCCCUGUAGGCACUCCAGAGAGGUUUCAAAAGCUGAUGCCCCGUAUUCAGUCUAUACAGAGCCCAGCCCCUGUGAUUGAUGACACUGUUGCGGACAUAAGCCAUACAGUGUUGGCCGGAACACCAGUGUUGUCUGUGAGAGAUGCACUGGUCUUGAUUGAGUCAGAUCUAACUCAUGUGGUUGGUGCAAGCCCUCCAAAUGCGUGCUCUAGCUUUGAUUUCUCCCACUCCUUGGAGUCAGCAAAUGGAGAGAAGAAUUGUGGCCCUGUCAAAUCUGUGAUUGACCUCAAAGCCCUGUCUGAAAGCCCCAUCAAGUCAGAUCCUGCACAGCCUAGACUAACCUUCUUCAUCAAACCAAAACGUGUUACUGACAAGGAGGGUAGAGUAGAGGUUGGAGAAGUUCUUCCUCAAUCCAAAAAGGUUACUUUCACCUCCACCACAGUCAUCAAAAGCAAACCAGCCCCUGUCCAGGUACGCAGUCCUGGGGUGAGGAGAAUCAAAACCUCUAGGCGCCGUCUCCUGGAGAAAACACUGGAGCUGUCUGGAGACAGUGGCCAUUCAGAGUCAAGCCCUGGUACUACAGUUACCCCUGGUCUCCCUGUCAUAGACUCUGAUGCAAACCAUGAUUCUCCAUUAAUUAUCUCCCCACGGGAGGCCAGGCUGCAGGUGCUGGAGUCAAUUUCCUAUAGCCCAGUGUUUUUGGAUGAUAUCCCUGCUCCAGUCAACCUCUCCCUCAGCUCUCCUCUGCCUAUGAACCCCCCCACUGGUGGCCCCCAGCACCUUGGCCUGGACGAUUCCAUUCUGGGAGCCACUCAGCUCCACACAGCACCAGUAGUGGAACCUCUACCUGACCGGGCAGGUGUGUUUCCUGUUUACAACCAGAGCCAGUUUGACGUGAGGGUGGUGCGGAGCAAAAAGAGGAAGAGCGAUGAGUUUCUGAGGGAUGGAGGGGAGAAAGUGGAGGAUGCUGUGGAGAAAACGUUCCAUGUGAAAAAGAGUAGGGUGUCAACAGUGGUGAAGGCACCCAACAGACCAGCUCAGCAGAAGGGGUUCAGUGCCUCCUCUCACAGGCAGCACACAAAAACAUCAGCUUCUGUGCGUACUAGUUCUGCCUCCUCCAUUAUGGCUCCAAAGUCUGUUUCCCCUGCCCAAGCCAAGCAGCCAGCUCCAAAACCUGGCCAGCGAGGUGCACAGUCUUUGAAAUCAUUUGGUGGCUCAUCUGUAAAAACUGCAAAGAUUGUAGCUGUGGCCCAGUCAAAGCUCACAUUCACCAAGCCUGGUCAAACAGCCAUACCAAGACACCCGAUGCCGUUCGCUGCGAAGAACAUGUUCUAUGAUGAGCGCUGGAUAGAGAAACAGGAGACUGGGUUUACCUGGUGGAUCAACUACGUCCUCACCCCUGAUGACUUCAAGGUCAACACGGAGGUCACCAAAGUGAAUGCCGUAUCCCUGGCGAUGGGCGGUAAUGACAAGUUUGCCGUCAACAAGGCUCCCACCAAAGAGGAGAUGUCGUUUAGUACUUACACUGCCAGGCGGCGGCUCAACCGGCUGCGUCGCUCCGCCUGCCAGCUUUUCACCUCCGAGCCCAUGGUCAAAGCCAUCCAGAGGCUGGAGUUGGAGGUGGAGGCUAGAAGGUUACUGGUACGCGGGGAUCGGCAUCUUUGGAAGGACAUCGGGGAACGCCAAAAGGUUCUCAACUGGCUUCUAUCGUACAAUCCUCUUUGGUUACGGAUUGGACUUGAGACUAUCUACGGGGAGAUGAUCUCACUGGAGAGCAACAGUGACGUCAUGGGCUUAGCCUUGUUCAUUCUGAAACGUCUGCUGUGGAACCCUGACAUCGCUGCGGAGUUCAGACAUGCCAAAGUACCCAACCUCUACAAAGAUGGCCACGAGAAGGCGCUGUCUCGUUUCACUCUGAAGAAGCUUCUCCUCCUGGUGUGCUUCCUGGAUAAAGCCAAAGAGUCCAGGAUGAUCGAACAUGACCCCUGUCUGUUCUGUAUGGAUGCAGAAUUCAAGACUACCAAGGACCUGCUGCUGGCGUUCUCCAGGGACUUCCUGAGUGGAGAGGGGAUCCUCCCUCGUCACCUGGCUUACAUGGGCCUACCGGUCUCCCACGUCCAGACGCCUCUGGACGAGUUCAACUUCGCUGUCAAGAAUCUGUCCGUUGACCUUAAGUGUGGAAUCCGUCUAGUGCGUGUGAUGGAGCUGUUCAUUCAGGACUGGAGCCUGUCCCAUAAGCUGAGGAUGCCUGCAAUCAGUCGUCUGCAGAAGGUCCACAACGUUGACAUAGCCCUGCAGGUGCUCCGAGCCAGAGGGGUUGACCUCAAGGAUGAGCAUGAUGCUGUCAUUGACUCCAGAGAUAUUGUGGAUGGACACAGGGAGAAGACACUGAGCCUGCUGUGGAAGAUCAUUUUUACCUUCCAGGUGGAGGUGCUUCUGGACGAGGACCAGCUGAGAGAAGAGAUCAGUUUCCUCAAACACACCUGGACCACCAAACAGAGGCUGGCCUCACUGAGGGCCGACAAAGGUGUGCUGCAGAAGACUGCCAAGCCUAGACCCCCGUUCGAGCACAGUAGCUCAAAGAUCACUCUACUCAUGGAAUGGGUCAGUGCUGUCUGCCAGUUCUACCACUUGAAGGCAGAGAACUUCACGGUGUCGUUCUCAGACGGUCGUAUCCUCUGCUACCUGAUCCACCACUACCACCCCAGCCACCUACCGGCAGACAGCGUCAGCCACAACACCACCCAAACUGUGGAGUGCUCCCAGAGAGGACGAGUUGAACUCAACAGCUCCUCUAGCGACUCGGACAUCUCCUUUGACACCUGGCCCACCACACAAAAUGGCCUAGUGUCGCCAUCAAUGGAGUUCAAAGAGCUUCUGGAGAAUGAGAAGAAUAACUUCAGGCUGGUCAACACUGCAGUGUCUGACCUGGGAGGGGUUCCUGCCAUGAUGAACCCUGCUGACAUGUCAAACACUAUCCCAAAUGAGAAGGUGGUGACAUGUUACCUGUCCUUCCUGUGUGCCCGUCUCCUGGACCUGCGGAAUGAGACCCGUGCUGCCAGGGUCAUCCAGGAAGCUUGGAGAAAGUACCGGCUGAAGAAGGAUCUGAAGCUUUACCAGGAAAGGACUGUAGCUGCGGGGAAGAUCCAGGUGCUGGUCAGGCAGUUUCUCCAGAGACGCAGAGCUGUCUGUCAGACAGCUGCAGCCAUCCGCAUCCAGGCUGCAUGGAGGGGCUACAAGGCACGGAACGCCCUGACACUGAGGAGAAAGGCUCUACUCUGGGCUCUCCAGGUUGCUGCUGCUACCACCAUCCAAGCACAAUGGAAGAAGUAUGUUACCUUGAAAAACUACCAGCGCUUGAGAUUGCACGUUGUUAAAGUUCAAGCUCUCUGGCGGAUGAAGAUGGCAGUCACUACCUACAGAAGGACACAGUGGGCUGCAACAGUAAUUCAGAAGCAUGUUAGGGCCUCGACUCUGGCAAGGGAAGAGCGUGAACGUUACUGCUCACUAAGAUCGGCAGCUGUCAAAAUCCAGAGAAACUAUCGGAGACGGAAGACUCGGAGACUGCAGAGGGAGAACCAUGCUGCCACAGUGAUACAAACUGCAUUUAAGAAAUGGCACAGUGACAAAAUGUCCCGAAGGACCGCAGCUGCCCUGAAGAUUCAGUCUUGCUACAGAAUGCGCAGGUGCCUAGAACAGUACAUGAGCACCCAGCGGAGCGCCAUCCUCAUUCAGACUUGGUGUAGAGGGCAUGCACAGAGACGUAACUUUGAGACAUUGAAACUGCAGCAUCACUCUGCCACUAUCAUCCAAAGUGCUUUUAGGGCAAGCACGGUCAGAAAACAGAUGGCGACGAUGAGACAAUCCUCAGUCGUGAUUCAGCGUUGGUUCAGGGCCUCUGUACAAAGAGAUGCAGGGAGGCAACAGUUCCUGAAAAUGAGAUGUGCUGCUGUUACCAUACAGUCCGCUUAUCGUGGACAUACGGCUCGGAGACUAAUGCAACAACAGAAUCAGGCAGCCACAGUCAUCCAGACAACUUUCAUGAAGUUUGUGGCCAGAAGAAAAUUCUUGUCCUUGAAAAAAUCUGCGAUUGUUGUCCAACAGAGAUUUCGAGCCAAGCUAGUAGGGGGGAAAUCAAGGAAAGAAUAUAUGGCCCUCCAAUAUUCUGCAUUGAGAAUACAAUCUAUCUGGAGAGGUAGGGCCGAGAGGAAGAGGAAGGAAAAACUGCAUAAAUGCGCCACACUCAUUCAGUCGUCCUACCGUAGACAUGUGUUGCAGUCACAGUUCAGGUCGAGAAAGGAGGCUGCUUUGGCCAUCCAAAGCCAGUACAGAGCUUAUAGGGCAGGGAAAACGAUUAGAACUGACUAUCUCCUGGUCAAGAAAGCUGCUGUUACUGUACAAGCCAGGUUCCGUGGCAUGAGAGUUAGGCAAGAGCAGAGUCAAAAACACCAGGCCGCCACUGUCCUUCAGUCAGUAGUGAGAGUCUUUCUCUGUAGAAGACGAUAUGUGUUACUGCAACGUGCCGCUAUAGUCCUCCAGUGUCGGUACCGGGCUCUUGUAGCAGGCAGAACACAGCGAGCGCAGUACAGCCAGCUGAAAUUGGCCACUGUAAAGCUACAGGCUGCUUACCGGGGAGACACAGUCCGAAGAGACCUAAGGACGAAACACCAAGCUGCUAUGGUCAUCCAAGCUCGGUUAAGAAUGCACAAAGUGCGUCAGGCCUAUAUUGCCACAAAGGUGGCGGCCAUCAUCGUACAGCAGCAUUACAGGGCCAAUCGGCUCCGAGAUCUACAGAUGCAGCAGUACACCUCAGUGAAGUCUGCUGCAGUUGUGAUUCAGGCAGUGUAUCGCGGUCACAGAGCAAGAAUAGAGGUUGCUAGGAUGCACCACUCAGCCAUGGUCAUUCAGAGGAGGUUCCUCACUUUCAGGGACAGGAAACGCUUCCUUGCGGUCAAAACUGCUGUUCUACUAUGUCAACAGAGAUGCAGGGAUGUGGCCAUGGUAAGAAAAUACCAGAGGGACUAUCUGUUGAGGCUUAGGGCAGCCACUGCUCUGCAAGCAGCUUUCAGAGGGAUGAAGGUCCGGAAGCAGUUUCAGACUGAAUGCAGAGCGGCCGUACUCAUUCAAUCUCACAUCCGGAAACGCCUGCAGAGGGCGCACUAUAAGAGGCUUCAUUGGGCUGUAAACACAGUGCAGGCUCGUUACAGAGCCAACAAGAAGAUGAUUGAAGACAGGAAAGCACUGAGUGUAAAGAGGAGUGCUGUUGUCGUGUUACAGUCUGCCUUCCGGGGCAUGCUAUCCAGACAGCGCAUGAGAGAGAUGCACAAGGCCGCCAGUGUUCUCCAGAGAAGUUACAGGGCUCACUGCGUACGCCGACUAUACCUCUCCUUGAGAUCCUCUGUCCUUGCCAUUCAACAAAAAUAUCGUGCCGCUGUUGCAGCGAAACAGCAGAUGCAUCACUACCAACGAAUGCGCAGUGCUACAAUCCUGCUCCAAGCAGCAUACAGAGGCCAGAGAGCCAGAAAGGAGACCAGUCUUCAACAUCAAGCUGCCACCACGAUCCAGGCUGCCUUCAGAAAGCACAGAGAGGAAGUCAAGUUCCAGGCCAUGAGGUUUGCUGCCACCAUCAUCCAGAGAUACUUCAGAUCUCACAUUCAAAUGAAACAAGACCGAGACCAGUUCUUGACACUGAAGGAUUCAGCCAUAGUCCUUCAGGCAGCUUUCAGAGGGCGUUGUGUGCGCCAUGACGUUGCUAAGAUGAAGAGAGCUGCUUCUGUGAUUCAGGCCAGCUUCAGGAUGCACAAGGAGCAGGUCAAGUUCCAGGCCAUGAGACUGUCUGCUGUCAUCAUUCAGAGGUUCUACAGAUCUCACAUUCAAAUGAAACAAGACCGAGACAAAUUCAUAAAGCUCAGAGAGUCUGCCAUAGUCCUUCAGGCAGCUUUCAGAGCAUAUCACAUUCAACAAGAUGCUAAGAUGCACAGAGCUGCUUCUGUGAUUCAGGCCAACUUCAGAAUGCACAAGGAGCAGGUCAAGUUCCAGGCCAUGAGACUAUCUGCUGUCAUCAUUCAGAGGUACUACAGAUCUCACAUUCACAUGAAACGAGACCGAGACAGAUUCAUUAAGAUCAGAGAGUCCGCCAUCGUCCUUCAGGAAGCUUUUAGAGAAAUGAUGGCCCUGAAGCAGUUUCAGACUGAAUGCAGAGCGGCCGUACUCAUUCAAUCUCACGUCCGGAAACGCCUGCAGAGGGCGCACUAUAAGAGGCUUCAUUGGGCUGUAAACACAGUGCAGGCUCGUUACAGAGCCAACAAGAAGAUGAUUGAAGACAGGAAAGCACUGAGUGUAAAGAGGAGUGCUGUUGUCGUGUUACAGUCUGCCUUCCGGGGCAUGCUAUCCAGACAGCGCAUGAGAGAGAUGCACAAGGCCGCCAGUGUUCUCCAGAGAAGUUACAGGGCUCACUGCGUACGCCGACUAUACCUCUCCUUGAGAUCCUCUGUCCUUGCCAUUCAACAAAAAUAUCGUGCCGCUGUUGCAGCGAAACAGCAGAUGCAUCACUACCAACGAAUGCGCAGUGCUGCAAUCCUGCUCCAAGCAGCAUACAGAGGCCAGAGAGCCAGAAAGGAGAUCAGUCUUCAACAUCAAGCUGCCACCAUGAUCCAGGCUGGCUUCAGAAAGCACAGAGAGGAAGUCAAGUUCCAGGCCAUGAGGUUUGCUGCCACCAUCAUCCAGAGAUACUGCAGAUGUUACAUUCAAAUGAAACAAGACCGAGACAGGUUAAAAAAGUGCAGAGUGUCUGCCAUAGUCCUUCAGGCUGCUUUCAGAGGGUAUCGUGUUCGACAAGACGUUGCUAAGAUGUGCAGAGCUGCUACUGUGAUCCAGUCUGCCUUCAGAAGACACCAGGCCAGGACACGGUACAACAAAACACAAGCCUCUGCCGUCACGAUCCAAAGAUGGUACAGAUCAUGCAACGUCCUCAGACGACAAAGGGAUGAUUACUUGGCCCUCCGAGAAGCUGCUGUGAAGCUUCAGUCAGCCAUCCGUGGAACGCUGGCAAGAAGGCUGGCCAGACGCAAACGUGCGGCUGUCAAGAUCCAGUCCGUGAUACGCAUGUCCAUCCAACGGACAAGGUAUCUGACCCUGCGAACCAGCACGGUAAAGCUGCAGUCUCACUGCAGGGCUUGGGUGGCGAGGAGGAUAUUCCUGAAGCGUCGGACAGCGGCCGCGACUCUCCAAAAGUACUACAGAGGCCGGCAGGCCCAGAGAGAGCAGCGAUCCCUGUACCUAAAGACCCUGACCACUGUCAAAACGCUGCAGGCCAGAGUGCGUGGACACAUCCAACUCAAGAGGUACCAGAAUCUCAAGAGAAGUGCAGUCACAAUUCAGGCAUUUUACCGUGGAAUGGUGGAGAGGCGACGGUUUCAGCAUCAAAGGGCAUCUGCUGCUAUAAUACAGGAACGUUUCAGGGCCCAUCUCCUCUGCCAAAGAGAGAGGGCAAAGUACCUGGAAAUGAAGAAGUCUGCUGUUCUUAUUCAAGCAGUGUUCCGUGGUGACCUUGCCAGACAGAGUGCCAAGAAUCGCCAGGUGGCUGUCGCCACAGUCCACCGAUGUAUGCAGACCAGGCAUCUACGCAACAGGUUCCUAGUGAUCCAGCGUAGUGUAAGGGUCAUUCAGUGCAGAUGGAGGGAGACCUUGAAAGCCAGGGAAGAGCGUCACAACUUCCUGGUCAUGAAAGCCGCCGCUGUUACAAUCGAAGCGUCAUGGAGAGGCCAUGCGACCAGGAAUCACCUGCGUAAGGAGCAGAGGGCUGCGGUGCUGGUCCAGUCGUCCUUCCGGGGAUGGGUCCAGAAACGGGCGUUCCAGAGACAAAAAGAGGCUGCCCUGGUCCUACAGAGGAGAGUCCGAGCUAUGCAGCAGGCUAAAGCAGAGAGGGUCAAAUACACACGUUUGAAACAGGCUACCAUCACUGUCCAGGCUCACUGCAGAGGCUGGAUCGUCAGAAGACAGUUGAGAGACACGGCCUCUGCGGAGAGGAGGGUGCGUUUCUGCGCGGCUGUGUACCACCACCUCUGUGCUGUGAGGAUCCAGAGAGCUCUGAGGUCACACUGGGCUCUGCAGUCUGCCAAGAGACAGAUCACCUCUGUCAUAUUUAUACAGAGGUGGCUGAGAGCACGGCUCCAGAGGCGGCGAUACCUGGAGGACAGGAGGAGGUUGGUCGUGGCCCAGAGGGCAGCCAGGAGUUGGUUAGCCCGCCGCCAUCACGCCGCCUCCACCAUCCAGCAGGCCGCCAGGACCUUCCUCCUCCGUAGGCGGGAACAGAGGGUUCAGCAGGGAAUCAUCAAGGCACAGGCGUUGUGGCGAGGCCACCAGUCCAGAAAGCUCCAUGACAAUCGUAAAGUGGUGUCCAUGAGGCAUCGUCUGCGGAAGGUGUCUGAGGAGGUACGAGAGGAGGACCGGCUGUGCAACAAGACGUCCUGGGCCAUCGAAUACCUCCUCAAAUACAAGCAGUUCUCCUAUAUCCUGGAGGCUCUGAAGAAUCUGGAGACCGCCACUAGGCUGUCCCCAGAGUGCUGUGAGCGUCUGGUGACGAGCGGAGCCACGCUGGUCAUCUUCACGCUGAUCCGCAGCUGCAACCGUAGCGUCCCCUCUAUGGAGGUCAUUACCUAUGCCAUCCAGGUGCUCCUCAACCUCUCCAAGUAUGACAAGACAAUCGAGGCAGUUUAUGCGGUGGAGAACUCUGUGGACACACUGCUGGACCUGCUCCAGAUAUACAGGGAGAAGGCUGGAGACAAGGUGGCCGACAAAGGAGGCAGCAUCUUCACCAAGGCCUGCUUCCUCCUGAUCAUCCUGCUACAGGACAAGUACAGGGCUCUGGAAGUGAGGAAGCUUUCCAAGGCAGUUGACCGGCUCCGCAGCAUCUACCGCCUCACUGCACGCAAACACAAGAUGGAUGCAGAGAGAACAGUGGUCAAGCAGAAGAUGGGCGCAUCCAUAAAUGGAAGCUUCAUGGUCCCGGCAACCCCCCGCAAAUCCAAGCCAGUGCCUAAAUUCUCCCCUGACUGGGUUCUCAGAAAGGACAAACUGCAAGACAUCGUUGACCCUCUCCGAGCUGUACAGAUGGUGGCUGACGUCUUCUCUAUUGUGCUUUAAAUAUACUUAAUGAAAUAUUUUCUUUAGCUUUUUCCAUAGACAUUUUUUUGUAUAAUUGUUUAUUAAAUGAUACGCAUAUGAUAAUUGUAUUUUUUUUUUAUGUACUCUAUGCUGAUGUCCUUUUUUUUUUUUUUUGCUUGUUAAUGUUUUGAUUCUAUCUAGAAAAAGCUCCAUGAGUUGUCUUUGAUAACAUUUGAUUCAAUAAGAAGACAUGAUGCAAGGUGUAUACACUGAUGGUUGGUGGCCACACGGUGGAAGCAUUUAGGCUGUAGGUUAAUGGAUUGAAUAAGGGUGAAUUAAAGAACAUGUAGACCUAUUACUAUUAUCCCAUGUUAAUGAUCUAAAAACCUCUGUGGGAGAAAAACACUAGAAGUCUCCUGACAAUGGGUGAGUAACGUGGCGUUUUAACUGUCUAGAUAGGUGUGUGUGUGAAGCAUCUGGUUAUAGAAAGACGUGAUUUAGAUCUAAUUUGCACAUGCCAAACAGAAAAUAUACCGGAGCGAUUCUUGAAUCCAUUCUGUAAAUAUUUACUUUGACUGCCUACUGCUGUAAAUAAAACAUCUGAUGUCACCUGAAA